CAUCAAUACUGACCAGCUGCGAUAGCUCAUGCGAGAACUGUGAGUGGAUUAGCAUGUGCUAGCCAGGACUUGCUUGCUAAUGAAGUGAUAAACGGCGUCCCAAUCUCGUAUUACGGUUGCACUUAAGAAGCACCAGUUUUUGUUUUUAGUUGUCAUGUUCCAAGGUCUCCGUCAGACAUGCAGAACAGAAAGCUAACCUCUGGAUCCGCACUUUUAACCACGACCGCGGGGAUUGACCGCUGCAGGGUCGGGGAAAGGCUACAAGCAGCUCUCGCUGGAUUGCAAGAACUACAUCUGCUGAACGUGAAGCAGGCACACUUGGUGCAAGAAACUUUGGAAAUGGACCAAGAAAGGUCUUCACUGUCGUCCCAGAGAGAGGGGAGGAUGCUGGAUAGGUACUCCGAGGAACAGCGCUUGGAAGCGACAUUAGCCUCAUUAAAGGAGCAAUUGUUUCGUUUGAGGAGGCAAGAUGUUGGGCUUAAGAGUCAUCUGCAGCAGCUGGAUCUUCAGAUCAGUGAACUUAAACUUGAUGUGUCGAAGGUGUCUACAGAACAUCUGGAGAGUGACAGCAGGCCCAGCUCAGGUUUCUAUGAUUUAAGUGAUGGGGGCUCCUGUUCUCUCUCCAACUCGUGCACCUCUGUGUACAGUGAGUGCAUGUCUUCAUCCCAGAGCAGUCUGCCACCGUCCUGCCACCAGCCAGGGUCCCGGGUCAGCAUGUUUGAGUACCGCCCGAGGUCAGCUGACGAGACCACUGUCCACGCUGGCAGCCUCCAGCAGCAGGGCAUGUAUAUCCGAGCAGGCUGCAGAAUCAGGACCAGCGCUGAUUCCAGACAGAGACCUGUUUCCACAGGUGAUUUAGAAAGACUGAUGAACCCAGCAUUGGGAUGCAAGAAAGUCCCUGACAUGAAGUCUGUUUCGUCUUUGUGCCAUGGCAGCGAUAUACAGCAUACAGCUGUAGACCCCAAGUACCAGAGCAACUUAGUGUCCAGGAAUGGCAAUGACGUGUACCCAUACCCGAGCCCCCUUCACGCUGUGGCUCUUCAGAGCCCCCUAUUUUCACUGAGUGGGGAGGCUUCCACUGCAGAGAGUAAAGCAACCCCAGCAGAGCCCACAAAUUCAGUUCAGGAAAGGCCAGUGUUUGAAAGCAGGCCUAGUGGUUACAUAAACAGACUGAUUCAGCACAGUAAGAGCAAAGCAAACAUCCGGCAAGACGGCAGUAAACAAAAUGUGACUUACGUGAAAGAAAGCUCUCCUCUCAGCAAUGGGAGGACAAAAGGUAACCUCAACAGCCCACCAAUGGUUAAAAAAGAAUGUGUCAGUAUUCAAGCACUGAUACACAAAAAGGCACAGGAUAUUAAAACUGUUCCCACAAUAAAGAUGGUACUUGAAAAAUCAAGACAAGAAGACCUUGCAAAUUGCGUCAGUGUUGUGCAGCUGCAGAAGCAUUUGGAGGAAUCUAGAAUUGUCUGUUAUCCUCCUCAGGCAGACACACAGAACUCUUCAUUUGCAAAGCACAUUAGAAAUUGCCCAGGCAGGGCUGUGAAAAUGCAGGCAAAACCCUACCCUGAAAACUGCGCCAGGGAAGCACUACAAGAAGCAGUACUGUCGAGAAAGACAAACAGAAAGCACAGCAGCAGCACUGCUAACUUGGAGGGGAGAAGCUCUGAGGAGCUUUCCAGAUCCGAAUUUGUUCACGCCAAGUUUGUCCCUGCCGAGUCCCAGCAAGUGAAGGUCAGACAGGCCAGCAAGAAGACAAAGGCAGUAAAGCUGAAGAGUAGAAGCAGCGACAAGCAGAGGAUUGUAAAACCGCUGCCUUGUGAAAUGCCUGAAGCCAAAAGGACUCCUGCUGAGAGGGCUCUCCCUAAUAAACAUCAUGGGGGAAAGGGCAUUGUCAGGCAUCCCACUUAUGCAGGAGAAGUAGCCAGCAGGUCAUGUUCAGAGUCUAGCCUGCAUCCUGCCCGUCUUAGACAGCCACAGUUUGCCCACAGGCCAGCGCCACAUAGAGCUCACAAUCUCUACCCAGCAGAACCAAGAGCUUCCAUAGAUCUGAUGAAGAAAAAGCAGACAUGCAGGUGGCAGUCCGCAGUGGAGAUCUCUGGCAAGCAUGCUUCGGCUCGCUUUGCUUACGGUGGUGCCGUUGGCCAUGCGCAGGCCAUGCAUCAGCAGCAUCAGCAGCAGCUGCGGAAACCUGGAGUGAUGCGGACUUCCAGCAUGCGAGCCGGGCCCCCCCAGUACCAGCUCCACCGCUGUGUUUACUCGGAUGCCAUCAGCGAGUCGGACCAGUCUGAGUACUCUGCCGAAUGCGCCUCCCUCUUCCACUCCACCAUCGCAGAGACCAGCGAGGGAGAGCAGAGCGACCACACAGCCAACCGCUUCGGGGACAGCGAGUCCAGCGACGGAGACUCGGACGACUCCAGCGACAGCAGCCUCACCUUGGAUUCCGACGAGACGGACGAAAGCGAGCUGGUCUGGGCAGAGGCAGCCAUGGGCCCCACAGCAGCCUGCGUGUCUCUGACGAAGCCGCGGCAGGCAGAGCCCAGGCCCUGCCGCAUAAAAGCAUCAAAGGCACUGAAAAAGAAGAUUCGGAAAUUCCAGCCGGCUUCUUUAAAAGUUAUGACCAUGGUGUAGCUCCUCAGCAUAGCAGCUUGUAGACUCCAUGUUUUGUCCAUCCCGUUUUACAAGACAAUAGAAAAAAAAAAAGAAUGACAUUCUUCAUUGAACUGUAGGUGACCUUUUAUGUAGGCAGGAGAGGAGCCAUAUUAUAUGUCUAAUGGAUACAUUAAUAUAACUUUCUGUAAUGUUUUUUUAUUUUAUUUUUUACACUUUUCAUGCAAAUACCUUAUUUGAUUUCUUUAAAAGGUCUAUUUGUUAAAGUGUUGAA